UAAGCAAACUCUCCAAUUCAGAAAACAUGUUGCACAGCAAGAAAAAAUAUUGACUCUCUAUGCUGAUUUUGAAACAUGUAUGAAGAUGACAAGUAAGAAGAGUCAUAGUACGGAGUUUAUUCAGGAACAUGUUUUGACUGGUUAUACUAUAACCCCUGUUCUUCGUUAUAACCUGGAUAAAACUGAAAUAGGGAUGAACAUAAAACCUAUCAGCUACACUGGAGAUGAUUCUCUUCAACACUUUUUUGCAUCAGGACAAGAAUAUCUACAUGCUAUGGAACUUCUACAUGAAGUGGAGUGCAAGAAACCUAUAUUCAUAGAGAAAGGAUCCGAGGAAUAUGAAUCUCAUUAUAAAGAUGAUACAUGUCAUAUAUGUGAAGAGGAAAUCAACUGCAAAAUAUCACUGAAAGAAUUCAUCAAGCUGAAACAUGAAAUGAAGAUAGAAGAAGACGAUUAUACGCUUGAAAAAUCCAUGGAAAUUCCAAUGUAUGAUGCAAAUUGGCUCAAGGGUCCUAAAGUUUGGGAUCAUUGUCAUGUAACAGGAAAAUAUAGAGGUCCUGCUCAUUCAGUUUGUAAUCAGCAAUUGAAAGGAGACAAAACUGUUCCCAUCUUCUUCCUUAACCUGAUAGGUUAUGAUUCUCAUAUCAUAUUCCGUGAUAUUGCUGAAAUUGAAAAUAUUGAUGAUGUUCAAGUUAUUGCCAAAAACUUGGUGAAAUUCAUCUCGUUCUCAGUGAAGAUGUCUGAUUGUAUAUUCAAGCUUAUUUUUUUGGACAGCUUUAAUUUUCUCUGCAGUAGUCUCAGUAAAUUGACAGAUAAUUUAAAAAAUAAAACUGAUAUUUUAAUCAAGGAAAGUGAUAAAAUUGAAGUAUAUCAUCAGUAUUUUAAGAAUACAUAUAAUAACUUCAGAGUUAAACAUCCAGAGUUAUCAAUAAACUGUUUUCAGCUACUCCUUCGAAAAGGAAACUACUGA